CGUGCUAUUUUAUGCAUCGCGUGAGCCUUUUUCGCCCCCAUUCUCUUUCUCAAACUCCCAACAUCAACUGGAGCCUCUUUGCAUCUUUGCUGGUCAAAGAAAGCAGGGACUCUGACCCGACCAAGUGAUACUCUGCCCCUCUUCUGAGCAAUCGUUUUCUACUUCGCACUUGUGAAUCUUGAUCGUUUUUUUUCGCCAUGAUCCUUCGCCUUGAUUUGUGGACCGCGUGUUUUUUCCUUGGUCUCGUUUCUGUUGUAUGGGCUGCUCCUCGUCCGGUGGAUAGUAUUGUCGCAGAGCUAGCCACCUAUCCAAGUCCUUCGUCUUCUUCCAGCUCCCCCCAUCUCAACCCUCGGAGUCGCUACACCAAGCCGAGGUAUAUUCAUCGCAUAGGAAUUUCGUUCCAAGGCAAAUCAUACCAGUGGGAAACGUCGCAAGAAAUAGCUCGGGCUAAAGACGUGAUUAAGGCGAUGAUUGUGGAAGCAUGGAAAGAAUUGGAUGUGGAGCCGGUGUAUUCCCAAAACAGUGGAAGGUUGAAGUCGGUAUUGCUGCCAGAGCUUGUCUUUGAUGGAAGUCCUGGAGACUGGACCUUCAGUAUGAUCCUGAAAGUCGAGCUCAAAGGUCCAAAGGUGUGCCAACCGGGAUCUUGUACUUUGAAAGCAGAGCGGAAGAAAGGCUUGAAGUCGGGAUAUUAUGAUUUGACUAUCAAUGAUAGCACAGGUCGCAAUGUAUUUACGAAUGGGAAGGAGGCGAUAAAGGUGGAAAGUGAGGAGCGAUAUAAGUAGUGAAACUAGCGAACAGUGGACGCAAGGUGGGGGAUCAGCCUCGAGGAUCACACUGUCCUAUAUAGGAUAAGAUAUGAAUUUUACUCUAAUUCCCACAUACGUUCCCGGAAAGGCAGAAAGGUUUACUGUAAGAGAG